UUCGGUUUUUUGGGAACCCUAAUUAUCAAUCUCAUCUAAACAAAAACAAAUGGUUUAAAAUAUUUCCUGUUCCUUAGUGAGUACUAGUAGUAUAGAAAAAGUGAAACAAAACUGUGUUUGUUAGAAAUGGUUUUGAUUGAUGAGGAAUGAAUGAAAGAGAGAGAGUGAUUAGAGAAGUGACGGUGCCAUCUCUCCUGCGACAGUUUUUUCGUUUCUGUGUUCUUCUCCGGCGACGAUGACAAGCUUCAAAGGGUCGCCUUACCGGCGAGCCGGCGAUCUGGAGGCCGGAGGUAGCAGCCGCUCCGGCGACUUGGACGACGAUGAUAUCUCCUCUGAUCCUUUCGAUAUUCCCAACACCAAAAAUGCUCCCCUCAAUCGUCUUCGCCGAUGGAGGCAAGCAGCGCUUGUGCUAAACGCUUCUCGUCGAUUCCGAUACACGUUAGACUUGAAAAAAGAAGAAGAAAAUAGGCAAAUAUUGAGGAAGAUCAGAGCUCAUGCACAAGCUAUACGAGCUGCAUACCUUUUUAAAAAAGCUGGAGAACAAAUCAAUGGCACUGCAAAACCACCUCCAACUACUAGUGGCGAGUAUGAAAUUGGAGAAGAGCAACUUGCUUCAAUAACUAGGGAUCAUAAUCUUACCUUGCUGGAACAAUAUGGAGGGGUUAAAGGCGUGGCAGAUUCAUUAAAAACAAAUAUAGAGAAGGGAAUCCAUGGAGAUGAUGAAGAGUUACUAAAGAGAAGAAAUGCCUUCGGUUCAAACACAUAUCCACGGAAAAAAGGGAGAAGUUUUUGGAUGUUUCUUUGGGAAGCUUGGCAAGACCUUACUUUGAUCAUAUUAAUGAUAGCUGCAGUUGCUUCCCUUGCUCUUGGUAUAAAGACUGAGGGUAUAGAAGAAGGAUGGUAUGAUGGGGGAAGCAUUGCGUUUGCAGUUCUUCUUGUUAUUGUUGUUACAGCUAUUAGUGAUUAUAGACAAUCUCUUCAGUUCCAAAACUUAAAUGACGAGAAGAGAAACAUACAUUUACAGGUCAUUAGAGGUGGUCGAAGAAUUGAAGUGUCAAUUUACGAUCUUGUGGUUGGUGAUGUUGUGCCCCUUAAUAUCGGUAACCAAGUNCCUGCUGAUGGUAUUUUGAUCUCUGGCUACUCCCUCGCAAUAGAUGAAUCCAGCAUGACCGGUGAAAGCAAAAUUGUUCAUAAGGACUCUAAGCAACCAUUUCUGAUGUCCGGGUGUAAAGUAGCUGAUGGUAGUGGCACAAUGCUGGUGACGAGUGUUGGAAUUAAUACCGAGUGGGGUUUGCUCAUGGCUAGUAUUUCAGAAGACACUGGUGAAGAAACACCUUUGCAGGUACGCUUAAAUGGGGUUGCAACUUUCAUUGGAAUUGUUGGACUUUCUGUAGCUUUUGCUGUCUUGGUUGUACUUCUGGUCAGAUACUUCACUGGCCAUUCAAAAAAUGCAGAUGGAAUGCGUCAGUUUAUUGCAGGCACGACUAAAGUUGGUGAUGCGGUAGAUGGAGCCAUUAAAAUCGUCACUGUUGCGGUCACAAUUGUUGUUGUUGCAGUGCCUGAAGGGCUUCCUUUAGCUGUAACCUUAACCCUUGCCUAUUCAAUGAGGAAAAUGAUGGCAGAUAAAGCUUUGGUUCGUAGGCUCUCUGCUUGUGAGACAAUGGGUUCUGCAGAAACUAUAUGCAGUGAUAAGACUGGAACCUUAACUCUAAACCAGAUGACUGUUGUUGAGGCUUAUGCUGGUGGGAAAAAAGUCGAUACUCCUGAUAACAAGUCAGGAUUGCCUCCAUUAGUAUCUUCUCUACUGAUUGAAGGCAUUGCACAGAACACAAAUGGCGGUGUUUAUGUGCCUGAGAAUGGUGGAGAAAUAGAGGUUUCUGGAUCACCAACAGAAAAGGCUAUUAUUUCCUGGGGAAUUCAGAUAGGAAUGAAUUUUGAAGCAGCUAGAUCAGAAUCUUCGAUUCUUCAUGUGUUUCCAUUCAACUCUGAGAAAAAACGGGGCGGUGUUGCUGUAAAACUGCCUGACUCUCAAGUUCAUGUACACUGGAAAGGGGCUGCUGAAAUGGUAUUGGCUUCAUGUACGCAGUAUAUUGAUGAUACUAAUCAUGUGGUAGCUAUGGAUGAUGAUCAGGUGACAUUUUUCAAAAGAGCAAUUGAGGAUAUGGCUGCUCGUACUUUACGUUGUGUUGCUAUUGCAUAUAGAACAUAUGAACUUGAACGUGUUCCAACUGAUGAAGAAGAACUAUCUCGUUGGGCAUUACCCGAGGAUAACCUUAUUUUACUUGCUAUUGUUGGUAUAAAGGACCCUUGUAGGCCCGGAGUAAGAGAUGCAGUUCGAUUGUGCCAGAUUGCCGGUGUUAAGGUUCGGAUGCUCACCGGUGACAAUAUUCAAACUGCCAAAGCAAUUGCAUUGGAAUGCGGCAUACUAGGUUCAGAUGCAGCAGAUGCUACAGAGCCUAAUCUCAUUGAAGGAAAAGAAUUCCGUGCAUUAUCUGAUAAAGGAAGAGAAGAUGUAGCUGAAAGAAUCACGGUUAUGGGACGUUCUUCCCCAAGUGAUAAGCUUUUGCUCGUGCAAGCAUUGAGGAGAAGGGGACGUAUUGUUGCUGUGACUGGAGAUGGAACCAACGAUGCUCCUGCCCUACAUGAGGCUGAUAUCGGUCUUGCUAUGGGUAUCCAAGGAACUGAAGUUGCCAAAGAAAGCUCGGACAUUAUCAUUUUGGAUGACAAUUUUGCCUCAGUUGUGAAGGUUGUUAGAUGGGGCCGAUCUGUGUAUGCAAAUAUCCAGAAAUUUAUUCAGUUCCAGCUUACAGUCAACGUUGCAGCGCUCAUCAUCAAUGUCGCUGCUGCAGUUUCUUCUGGUGAAGUUCCACUUAACGCAGUGCAGCUUCUUUGGGUUAAUCUUAUCAUGGACACUCUUGGUGCACUAGCAUUGGCUACUGAACCACCAACAGAUCACCUGAUGCACAGACCCCCUGUUGGCCGAAAAGAACCUCUCAUAACAAAUAUUAUGUGGAGAAACUUGUUGAUCCAGGCUUUUUAUCAAGUUAGUGUCCUGCUUGUCCUCAAUUUCCGCGGCAAGAGUUUACUGAGCUUGGAACAUGAUGAGCUUGCCCAUGCUAACAAACUGAAGAACACACUGAUAUUCAAUGCAUUUGUCAUCUGUCAAAUAUUCAAUGAGUUCAAUGCCAGGAAGCCUGAUGAAUUCAAUAUAUUCAAAGGAAUUACUAAAAAUUACUUGUUUAUUGGUAUAGUUGGAAUCACCGUUGUUCUUCAGAUCGUGAUUAUUGAGUUUCUUGGCAAGUUCACCACGACUGUAAGGCUAAAUUGGAAGUACUGGCUGGUUUCCAUUGCUAUCGGUUUUAUCAGUUGGCCUCUUGCUGUCCUUGGGAAACUGAUACCCGUUUCACGAACUCCUCUGAGCACGUAUUUCAUUAGAUGCCUACAGUUUUGCCGGCUAAGACCAUCACGGCGAGGAUCAUCACAGCCAGGAUCAUCACGCGGCCAGGAUCAUCACGACGCAAAUUAGUCAGUAGAAGUCAAGUUUUAUAAUUUUGCGAGAUUCGUGGCUUCAUUUAUCAGUCUGGUCUAACACGAUGGUGCAUAUUUACUUGGACCUCUCAAUAUACUUCUCUUUCUAAUCAGUUGAAAAAAAAUUGCACAUUAGUGCAUGGUGGUUUUGGAUUUUUUUUUUUUUUUUUUACCCCUUUUACCUCUUACUAACAAAUAUGACUUAAAAGAUCAGUCACUUUUUGACUGAUUUGACUUUGUGCAGUUUUAUUGCUUUGGAAUUUUGAGGAAUAUAUUUACCAUCCUCUUGUUCAUCUAGGGAGGAGUGAAAGUUUGUAGACACUAGUGAUCUCUACUCAACGUGUGAAAUGCUUUUUAUUUUGGUUGUAAAUUUGAUUUCACUUAAUGGGGUUGAA